UCCAAUCGCGUCGUCUUCUUCGUCUCUUCUCCCUCGUCUUCUCAAUCUCCCCUGAAAAAUCCAUAUGGCUUCUACACGGCAACGAGACCUCAAAUAUGACUACAGAAACAUUAGGAGACUCUACGAAAUGGAGAAAUUGAUGAAGGCACAAGUGGAUGGCACGGCAGAUGCCUCGAACAAACAGAUGCUUCAAUCUGCCCUGAUCGGAAUUGGUAAAAUGAGGAAAGAUCUGUGGCAAGGCUUCAACAAUUCGUUGAAGGUGACCCUGGAAAGUAAAUCUAUCAGAGCUUUCAGGGUGCAGGAAGCCCUGAAAACCCCGCAGGAGUGGGAUGUCAUGGACAUCCUCGUGCAGUACCUCUGCGAUGAUACAUCUGAUUCGGCGGCGGCGGAUCCGUAUUCGGCCUCUUAUGCGGGGGAGAAUCGAAAUCCGUCGGCUCCUGAGCACCUCGUGCAGUACCUCCUCGCUGAUACGUCUGAUUCGGCGGCGGCGGAUCCGUAUUCGGCCUCGUAUGCGGAGGAGAAUCGAAAUCCGUCGGCUCCUGAGCAAAAUUCCUGCGACGAAUUGUGGUCAUGGAUUCUUGCCAGAGGUACAACCGUUGGGAAAUUUGCUGCUACUGUAGCAGAGCUUUGGUUACUGACGAAGGUGUCGGAAUUUUUUUCUAAAACUGCGGUUCCGCAGAUUGACACACACAUCGUAAACCCCACCAGCUCCCCGAAAACUAAGCUCCCUUUCGCCACGGUUGUCGCACAGAAAGGAUUACAGCAGAUUCUCGAUGCUGUAAAAUUGGAUGCGUAGCAAACAUAAUAUUGGUACAAUUGAUAACUAGCUGUGCUGAUUUUGCUUCCCACCAGAACCACCCCCAACAUACUUGACACCGCUGCAGUAGACUUCUCAAGGCACACUGGUACAUAUGGUAUAUACGGCAUAUUGGUACAUAUAUACAUGAAGACAACCUAAUACUGCUCUAGAUUUGAUAAAUUUUAAGAUAUCAAAUUCUAGUGUAGUGAUUUUCUAAUCUAGGUUACUUCAUUAAGCAUAGGAUUUGUCAAAUAAACAACGGUCAUAUGAACUCGAUUGGUAAACUUUCUUUUUGUUCAUUGAAAUGGCAUUGAUUCUCCCCUGCUAGAUGUAUUCUGGAGUAUCCGAUUGGUAAACUUUCUUUUUGUUCAU